AUGACGGAGCAAAAGAAUUGUUCAGAACUUGCUACGCAAAUAUUAAAAGAUGCUCCCGCGUCGAGAAAAGCGCUUAUUGACAACUAUAACAACCUUCACAAAGUGGCCGAUUACUGUGAAAACAAUUAUUUAGGCCUACAGGACACAUGGAGGGGUUUGGAGGAGACCAAGGCUUUGACCACUCAGGCUUUGGCCAGUGUGGCCUACCAGAUCAACAGCCUAGCCACUUCUGUCCUGAGACUGCUGGACACCCAGGCCAUGCAGCUGAAGGACAUGGAGAACUCCCUCAACCUCCUCUCUCUGGCUGUAGCUAUCCAUCAGGAGAAGGUGUCUCGGAGAGAGAUGGGAAUUUUCACCACAGUAACGAAGUUGGCUUGCGCCAAAUUAAUGAGCCCUCCCAAAGCUGGCCGUGAGCCCGAGGGUUGCUACAUCAGAAGACCCAUAUCCUUCACCGAACUGGACACACUGGGCCACAGCUUUAACCUCAAUGAGUUGCAGCCUCGGAAAAGAACAGUGACCACAGAGAGCGUGCGGAGUACAGGGAGCUGUGGCCCUGUGGAGUGUCCCGUUGCUCCUGCUACCCAGCCUGGGGAACCCUCCUCAGCCAGUGUCAAUAAGGAUUUCUAUAGGUCCAAUCUUGGCAUUAAUGUGGCCCUACCAUCGGUGCCCACCUUGCCAGUCUCCUCAAACCUCACCCAAAACUGCCCACAACCCCCUCCUGGAUCCACGUUUGACUCCAACAUCCCACCUCCUCCUCCUCCACCACCUGGCUCCAUGGGCACUGGUCCUCCUCCUCCUACACCCUCCAUGACCUCAUCAAAUAACCUCCCUCCUCCUACACCGAAUGCAUCCCCUAAUGUUCCCUCUCCGCCACCCCCUCCUCCACCUCCUGCCAGCUCAUCAAAUAGCUUCCCCCCUCCUCCUCCUCCUCCUCCACCUGGUUCAAUGGGUAAUGCUCCACCUCCUCCGCCACCUCCACCUCUCCCCAGCUCAUCAAAUAGCUUACUCCCUCCUCCACCUCCACAUGGUUCAAUGGGUAAUACUUCUCCUCAUCCUCCUCCCAGCUCAUCAAAUAGCUUCCUCCCUCCUCCUCCUACACCUGGUUCAAUGGGUAAUGUUCCACCUCCUCCGCCACCUCCACCUCCUCCCAGCUCAUCAAAUAGCUUCCCCCCUCCUCCUCCUCCACCUCCUCCCAGCUCAUCAAAUAGCUUCCCCCCUCCUCCUCCUCCUCCUCCUCCACCUGGUUCAAUGGGUAAUGCUCCUCCUCCACCACCUCCUCCUCCGCUCCCUGGUACCUCCACUAAGGUGCCCCCACCUCCUCCACCACCCCCACCUCCUCCUCUUCCAUAA